AAAUAUUACCUCGGGUAGAUGAACCUCUGCUUUGUUCGAGUUAAUUGUUUUUGAACUCAUUAAAAUGCGUAACCACAUCAAAUAGACAAGACGAGCAAAUAGCAACCGGUUACCUUCUAGAGUCAACAAGAUAACGAGACAUUAAAUUAGUUACAAGUCGUCAAGGUUGUAAAAUGGAUCUACGAUGACAUAGGCAGAGGAAUGGGUUGUGGCGGUAGCAAAGAGGUCCCAAACUUAAAUAAUAACAACGCUACAGUGAAAGUUAAGCCUACGGUCGGUGAUCAAGAAAAUGCUGAGAAAAGAGACGAUGGAAAUACCAACUCGAUGGAAUUAAACUCCAUAGACUCACCGAGUCCUAUUGCAUUGACGCCUGAUAUUCAUGUUAAGAACAACGUUUCAAAACCACCAUUUGCCGGCGACAAGAAAGUGAAACGAGUUGAAAACGCAAGAGAAAGCUUAGUUGAUUCUGUGUCGGAUGGCUGGUCGGAUAGUCCCGCCAAACAGACUCACACACACAACGUCUCUGACCCUCAUAACGAAAACCUAAUGAAUUUAGAAUCAGAACUUGACAGCGAGUAUGGAAAGGAUGGUAUAGACUUAACUUCAAGAUCAUUUGCUGUAACUGGGCCAAACAAAUCUGAAGUACUCGAUCAUGGAAUUCAAUUUGAGGUUACACAGCGAUUAACAAAGAAACAUUCAGAAGAGCCGUUUGAUCCAUCAUCCUUGGUCGAUAUUGAUAAGUUUAAAGCUGUCAAUGUUCCACAACAGGCCAAUAAAUCACCUGACAAAGAGAAGACUGUUGCUAUGGAUACCAAACAGGAAAGAAAACGAUCAAUAUCGAAUGGUCAAGUUCCACAAGUACCAACCGAAUACAAUGAAUAUUAUGAUGAAGACGAAAAGGCACUGAUGGAGAGCAUAGAACAGGACUUUCUGGGGACAGCAUAUUCAACCCUCCCAGGAGCUGUAAUAUAACGUUCACAUUGAUUAUACAAAAAUCAUGUCUGCCCAAGAAGUCCUUGUCGCCACACAACUGGUAGAAGAGAGUAAAAAUUCUGCUGUGCUAACAAGCUUAUACCCUUCGUACCAACAUGACUUUCAUGCUCAAAACCAUCACACCAAGAUCAAAAUUCAUGACAAAACUUUGAUUCUUGAAAGAGAUAAAAGAACCCUUAAGUACCAGGAACUCAUUUGAUGUGUUCAUUGUAUCAAAAGAAUUACUGUAAAGAAAUAUUUAUGGAUCAAUACACUACUAAGUAUAUAUAUUUUUACACAAUGUUUUUAAUAUUCCCUCGUAGUGGUGUAGCCACCAGUAUGGUUCAUUCAGUUUUAAAAGCACAAAAUGUUUUUCUGUCAGAACCAUUUUCCCCUUGCAAAAUUGGGGAGCUUGGAAAAAUUGUUUUUUUUUUACCAGACCACUUUCAUUAAAACCAGACCACUGUCCAAAUGGUGGCUACAGCCCAUUCUUGUACCAAGAGCUCCUGGGUUUCAUUUGUUCCAGCACUGAGCCAAUCUCAUACCCUGAGUCCACAAGCACUUUCCUGCUUUGCCGUCAGCCUGCUGAUCAAAAAGCCAGAAGACUCUGGGCUAGAGAUUGGCUCUGAGCCAUGAUUUGUCAAUAAAUUUAAAACUGUGAA